GACGUUUCGUUUUUUAUUUAUGAUGGGUCUUAAUGUGGAUAUUCCGCUUAAUUAUCACCUCGGACAUUUUGUUCUGGAGCAGUUACGUCGGCAUCAAGAUCAUGUUUGCCAAAUAGAUGCAGCAACAGGUGAAGAAGAGACCUAUGCGUCAGUGUUGAAGCGUUCCAUCAGACUGGCCCAAGCUCUGAGAGCUUUUGGUCUAAACCCAGGAGAUGUUGUGGCUAUAGGCGGCCCCAACCAUUUGGAUCUUUGCAUUCCGUUCUAUGCGGCUCUUUACAACGGUUUACCGAUUGUUGGUGUCGAUCCCUAUUUUAAAUAUGAUGAAGUGAGGCAGCUUUUGAAACUAACAAGUCCAAGAAUAGCGUUUUGUCAAAAUGAAUCCUACAACAUGUACGCGAAGGCUGCAGCGGAUCUCAGGCUGGAUGUUAAACUGGUGACUUUCGAUGAAGGAGAUGGUACAAUGAAAAAGUUUGUGGAGGUGCAUUAUAAACAAGGCCCGGAAGAUGAUUUUAAGGUGACAGACUUCGACUUGGAUAAAGUAUACGCCUUCCUCGUCUCCACUAGCGGUACCUCGGGCAAAGUAAAAUUUGCUGCCUUCAAACACAGAGCGGUGCUGCUUAAGCAAUUGACACUCGACAAACUGCAGUACAAAAGUGAAGAAACGAAACAAAGCAAAAAGAAGUCAUUGAUCCUGUCACCAGUUAAUUGGAUAUCGAAAUACUUCACUCUGAUAACAUCCCCAGCUGGAGGGGUCACCGCGUUGCAGACGUCUAUUCCUGACAACUUGGGCCAUGUUAUAAACAUUAUAAACAAAUAUCGACCCGAAUUUACCCUGUUCAGUCCCUCAAUGAUAGCUUGUUUGAUAGAACGGAAGGAUGAAGUGGAUCUGACUUGUUUCGAAACCAUUGCAAUUGGAGGAUCUAAAAUAUAUCAAGAUAUACUGAAGGAAUUUAAGAAACUUCUCGCCAAAAAUUGUAUAGUUAUAGAAGCGUAUGGACAAACUGAAAUGAUUGGGCCUAUUUUUGCUGCGAACCCGUUCGGACCUGCUGGCAGUAUUGGAGUAUCUACAGAUAUGUAUAGUAUAAAGUUGGUGGACCCAGACACAGGCGCAGAAAUAAACGAAGCUAACGUCACUGGUGAAAUUUUGGCGAAAGGACUGGGUUUCACGGAAUACUACAACGACCCCAUAGAAACAGCCCAGGCGUUUACGGAAGAUGGCUUUUUCAAAACGGGCGAUUUAUCAUACCGGGACCAGGACAAUAAUUACUUCUUUGUAGACCGAAUUAAAACCUUAAUUAAGUACAAGAAUUCACACGUGAUGCCUACAGAAUUAGAAGAAGUAAUUUUAAGGCAUCAAGGAGUUAAAGAGGUUUGUGUUGUGGGUAUCGACGAUCCCGUUGAUGGUCAAAGACCGCUGGCUUGUGUAGUGAGACAUAAAGGCUCUGACGUCACCGCAAAGGAGAUACAGGACUUAGUAGCAAGUAAUCUAUCGACAAAAAAGGAACUACGGGGAGGCGUACUAUUCUUUGAUAGUCUGCCGUACACAUCCUCAGAAAAACUUUGUAGAAGUAAAAUCAAAGAGCUUGCUUUUAGUGUAGUUAAAGAAAAUAAUCAGUCGUCUCUUUUAAAUGCAAUGAGUGCUAACCGUAAUUAUCCGCCUAGUUACCAUUUCGGACAUCUAGCUUAUGAGCGUUUGGUUCGUCAUAAAGAUCGCGUUUGUCAGAUAGAUGCAGCAACAGGUGAAGAGGAGACUUACGCGUCAGUGUUGAAGCGUUCCAUCAGACUGGCCCAAGCCCUAAGAACUUUUGGUCUAAAUCCGGGAGAUGUUUUGGCUAUAGGCGGCCCCAACCAUUUGAAUAUUUGCAUACCGUUCUUUGCAGCUCUUUUCAAUGGUUUACCAAUAAUUGGGGUUGAUCCCUAUUUUAAAUAUGACGAAGUUCGAGCGCUCUUCGAGUUAACGAGACCAAAAAUAGCGUUUUGCCAAAAUGAUUCCUACGAUACUUAUGCGAAAGCAGCAGUGGAUAGCGGCCUGGAAGUUAAACUCGUGACUUUCGAUGAAGGGGAUAACUCGAUGUUGAAAUUUAUAAGGACAUCUGAAUCAGAAGAUGAUUUUAAGGUGGCAGAGUAUGACCUAGAGAAAAUUUAUCCUUUUCUGAUCUGCACCAGCGGUACAUCGGGGAAACUAAAGGUUGCAGCUUUUAAAAACAAAUCGAUGCUAACAAAGGACAUGUGGAUCACAAUGUCCCAAAAAAAAGAACAAAGCAUUAAAAGGACAUUGCUCCUGUCGCCAGUUAAUUGGAUAUCGUUCUACUUCGCUCCGACAUCUGUGGCAGGUACCGGAGGCGUAAGAUUACAAACCUCCACUCCUGAUAACUUUGACCACGUUAUAGAAAUGAUAAACAAAUAUAAACCGGAAAUAACUCUGUUUAGCCCCACACUAAUAGCCUGUAUGAUAGCUCGAAAGAAUGAAGUUGAUCUAACUUGCUUUGAAAAUAUUACUAUAACUGGAUCUAAGGUUUACGAAGGUGUACUCACAGAGUUUAAGAAACUUCUUGCCAAUAAUUGUAUACUUAUGGAAGCGUAUGGCCAAACUGAAAUGAUUGGGCCAGUCUUAGUUCCGAACCCGUUCGGCCCAACUGGCAAUUGUGGGAGACCUAUAGAUUUGUACAGUGUUAAGUUGGCAGAGCCUGAUACAGGAGUGGAAAUAAAAGAAGCAAAUAUAACCGGUGAAUUAUUAGCGAAAGGGCCCGGUUUUUCGGGGUAUUAUAACGAUCCAGAAGAAACAGCGAAGUCGAUCACUGACGAUGGAUUUUACAAAACGGGGGAUUUAUUGUUUCGUGAUAAGGAUAACAAUUAUUUCUACGUUGAUCGAAUCAAAUCAUUGAUUAAGUACCGGAACUCACACGUGCAUCCGGCAGAAUUAGAAGAAAUAAUAGUCAAACAUCCUGGUGUGAAAUUUGUUGGCGUAGUUGGUAUCGAAGACCCUAUAGAUGGGCAACAGCCAGCAGCUUGUGUGGUAAAACACAGCAACUCUGAUAUCACCGCACAGGAGAUAAAGGACCUAGUAGCAAGUAAGUUUUCAAAGAACAAGGAAUUACGAGGAGGUGUACUAUUCCUUGAUAGCUUGCCCUGUACAUCCACAGGAAAAAUUCUAAGAUUAAAACUCAAAGAGAUUGCAACGAAUGCUAAGAGAGAAUAAAGGUCAAAAUCAAUGAAGUGCGGAUUGCAUUGAAAGUGCUAUGAAAUAAAAAAAACUGUU